AAUGAGCUCCUCUCCUGAAGAAGAAUUUAUUAAGUUUAUGCACGGAACUUGUGAAUAUAGAGAAUUUCACAAGAGAAAAUAUAUGAAUGGAUUGAGUCAGGCUAUCAAAGAUGGCGCUCAACUUGACUUUGGAGCAAGACUAAGUGUACUCAUAAACUACUUCAGAGCUGGAAAAUGGUGCCAUGAUUGUCUAAAGUUCGUUUUGAGUCGUAUGCAGUGCGAAAUGAUAGUACCAAAAAAUGACCAUAAUUUUAAAUAUGAAUUUUAUCUUUGUCCAGAUUGUUUUAAAAUUACAAAAAGUUAUCUUGAAAUACAUAAUAAUUAAUUGUUUAUCAUUUUAUUUACAAUUUUAGAUGCAAAUAAAUCUGUAUUAUUGAUUGACUCUAGUAAUGUUAAAUAUUUGGGAAGGGAGUAUCCUCGAGAUAGAAAAUAUAUUAGGGAAAUACAGUGGUGAGCACAAGUCUUUGAGAGUGGUGAUUGGUAUGGGUUAGAAUUUCUUUUUACAUUUUUAAAAUUUUUUAGGAAUGAGUUAACAAUACAAGAACUUAUUGGUAGUGCAAGACUAUCAAA